AGUACAUAUCGAGCGUUCAAAACCUUAACUAUUGUUAUUAGGAUUAUUAGAUUUGUUGUUGGUUAUCAAGGGAAUAAAACAUUUGUUUGAAAUAAGGUAGUUUGAGUGAGUCUAACAGUGCAGCGGCGGGAUGUAAACGCUCAAUUCGAAGUGACUGGUGUUCAGUUUGGAUUGAUAACAAAUUAUUUUCGUGUGAAAUAUCCGAGGAAAUAUCGUGUUGUGACUAUCGUGUGGUGAACAUGGGGCGUAAAUCGAAAAGGCGAGAUACUUCUUCAGAAUCUGAAUCUGAUAACGAUUACGGACGAUAUCGCCGUCAAAGUGGACGUUCCAGAAGGAAAUCGAAGAAACCUUCAACAAGAGAUAAUACAUCUGGUACACGUCCUCCUAAAGAUCAUAGCAAAUCACAGGUGCCAGCGAUGUUGCAUUCUUCAACUGCUCAUGGACACACUUCACGAAACGGCGGAACUGAACAAUACGAAGACCAAUCUGAUACAGUAAGAACACAAAACGAAAAGAUAAAACUACUUGAAGGUAUGUUAUCUGAAAUUUUGACUAGAAAUACAAAUGCUGGUCAUUCCUCUCAUUCAGUCGUUCGCGCUGAUUGCAUUCCCGAAUUUUGCCCUGGCAAGUCUGAAAUUUCCGCAAUAAAAUGGCUAGACAAAAUUGAACAAAUUGGUAAAAUAAAUGGGUGGAGUGAUCAAUUGAAAAUUUAUAAUAUGCAGUCUCGAUUGACGGGGCUAGCCAAAACUUGGUAUAAUAGCUUGGAUAAAUAUGAUCAUUCGUGGAUAGAAUGGAAACUGUUGAUCGAAAAAGCAUUUCCAGAUCAUCGCGAUUUUCCAUCUACACUAAGAAAAAUGAUUGCUAGGAAUAAGAGGUCGUCCGAAACUUGGACAGAAUAUUAUUUCGCCAAAAUGGAAUUGCUCAGAGCUUCCAGUAUAGCAGAUAAAAAUGCAGUGGCAAUGAUUAUAGAUGGAAUCACUGACUGUGUCAUUCAAAAUGGCGCAAAAGCCGGACGAUACACCAAUCCAGAGACGCUUUAUACUGAGUACCUUUCAUCUCUUGCGCCAGUGGAAAGUCCACGACUCGAGAUCGGUGAAGGUAGAAACAAAAAGUUUGUUAGAGUUGGUCAGGAGGAUCAAAAAAGAUUCUCAGCGUCAGUGCCAAAUUACGAAAACCAAUCGAAGAAAGGAUUGAAGUGUUUCAACUGCAGUCAGUUAGGGCACAUCAGUAAAAAUUGCUCAAAACCACGUAUAGAAUGCAGGUAUUGUAAACGUUUGGGACACGUUGAGGCAAAAUGCCCCCGCAAGCAAGCACCUCUUUCAAAAGGGGUUAUGAAUUGUACUAUCCCAACAAAAAACAAUGAGCACUAUAUUGUACCAUGUAAAGUCAAUGGCUAUUCAUCUCAAGCACUCAUAGAUACCGGAUGUUCCGUCAUAACUAUACGAAAAGAAAAUGCCGAACACUUUGGUGUUGCUUGGGAACCUUGUGUUUUACAGAUUAACGGGUAUGCUGGCGGAACGUCGAAUGCAUUGGGGAAAGCCAUUGUGAAGAUCGAAGUGGAUUUAAUCGAAACUGAUGUUCAAGCUCUCGUUGUUCCAAACGAAGUCCAAGAUGUUCCUGUCAUGAUUGGACAAACGUUGUUCAAUAAAGAAAAUGUGGUGUUAGUAGUCAAGGAUGGUGGAGUACGAUUGUUCCACUCGGACAUUGCCCAACUCCCGCAAUUAGAACAGCUACCUCCGAGCAAGAUGGAUAUGGUUAUUUCUAGGGGCAUAGAGAUUCCUCCAAACCAUAUCGGAUACGUGCAGUUCAAGGCUUCGAAUGAAUAUGAAGGUGAUAUUUUCGUUGAUUAUCAGGAAAGACCAAAACCUUCUCAAGAACACUUCAUACCCAGAUGCAUUACUUCCACUACUAGCGGUGUCCUGCCAGUCCUCAAUGCGUCCAACUCACCUUUGCGGUUCGAGAUGGAGGAAGUUGUUGCCAGAGGUGUACCCUGCUCUGAGAACGUCUCUGAUACGGAAGGGGUAAGUGUUUUUAAUGUAUCUGUUUCUGAUAAACGGUUAAUUUGCAUGUCAGAUUUGAACUGUGAUUGCGAUCUCAGUGCCAGUGAGCAGAGUGAACUUCUAACUUUGCUCAAUAAAUAUCGACAUUGUGUGGCAGAAAAUCUCAGCGAAUUGGGUAUCGUGCGAACAUCCGAAAUGACAAUUCACCUUCAUGAUGACCGACCGGUGACUUACAGGCCGUACCGUCUAUCAGUGAGCGAACGAGAAACAGUAAGGGGUCUUGUAAAGGAUCUCCUAGACAAUGGGAUAAUUGAAGAGUCGAAUUCACCAUACGCUUCACCAAUUCUACUGGUGAAAAAGAAAAACGGCGAAUCAAGAAUGUGCGUCGAUUACAGAGCACUGAAUGCUAAAACGGUUAGAGACUGCUAUCCGUUACCUCGUGUAGACGACCAUUUAGAACGUCUGAAGGGUUGUCGAUAUUUCACAUCUCUUGACCUUGCGAGCGGGUAUCAUCAGAUACCAAUGGCGAAAGAAUCUGUUGGUAAAACGGCCUUUGUAACACCUGACGGUCAUUAUCAGUAUCUUCGCAUGCCAUUUGGGCUGACGAAUGCACCGUCAGUAUUUCAAAGAACUAUAAACCAUGUUCUGGGAGCCAUGCGGUUCACCCAAGCCCUUGCUUACAUGGAUGACAUUUUGUUACCUUCAGUAGAUGUACUGAGUGGUUUGAAGUGUUUGGAAGAGGUUCUCAAUUUAUUCGAAUCUUCUGGUCUGACGCUUAGGCUAUCGAAAUGCCACUUCUUUCGGACCACCAUUGAGUACCUUGGACACGAAAUUAGUGAAGGUGGCAUACGACCUGCUCCUGGCAAGAUAGGAGCGGUGAAGAAAUUUCCUGUUCCCAGAAAUGUCCAUGAAGUGAGACAGUUUUUGGGCCUAGCUAGCUACUUCCGUAAAUACGUAAAAAACUUUGCUCAGAUAGCUAGACCAUUGACGACGCUGACUAAAAAAGGCGCGAUCUUUAGUUUCAAGGAAGAACAAAUUUUGUCCUUCAAAAAGCUGUGUGACAUUUUAAGCUCAAGACCGGUACUAGCUAUAUAUGACUCAGCAGCAGAGACGGAGCUUCAUACAGAUGCAUCCAAAUGGGGCGUUGGGGGAAUAUUGUUACAAAAACAGAAGGAUGAUAAACUCAAACCUGUAUUGUACUUCAGUCGUCAAACAAGUAAGGAGGAACAGCGAUAUCAUUCGUAUGAGCUAGAGACGAUGGCCGUAGUUAGUUCUAUGCAAAGGUUUCGAGUUUACCUGCUGGGGAUUCGGUUCAAGGUGAUCACCGACUGUAAUGCCCUAAGGACUACGUUAUCGAAGAGAGACCUAAUACCUCGAAUUGGUCGUUGGUGGAUGAUUACUCAAGAAUUCAAUUUCUACAUUGAAUAUAGACCAGGAUCCCGUAUGGCUCACGUAGAUGCUUUGAGCAGAAACCCUGUGGACGAACCAAUUGAUUACCAUGAAGUAGACGUCCUGACAAUUGACAUCACGGAAGGCGAUUGGGUGCUAGCUACUCAGUUGCGCGACGAACGUUGUCAAUAUCUGCACCAAGUCUUAUCAAAGAAUCCCGAAGAUAAAGAAGAGGAAGAGAUUCACAAAGAGUAUGUGCUCAAUAACAACAGGGUGUAUAAGGUCACGUCUAUGGGCCUCAAAUGGGUCGUCCCAAAAUCAGGACGGUAUGCUAUCACUGUAUAUUGUCAUGACUCAGCUGGUCAUUUUUCCACCGACAAAACGUUGUCUCUUAUACGGCAAAACUACUGGUUCCCCAGCAUGAAAAAAUAUGUUUCCCGACACAUACGUUGUUGCCUUAGUUGUAGUUACAACAAGGAACCAGCAGGUAAGCGCCCUGGUACUCUUCAGCCCAUAGAAAAAAUUGCUGUACCCAUGGAUACGAUUCACAUAGAUCAUCUCGGUCCUUUUGUGAAGAGUCGAACGGGAAACUCAUAUAUUAUUAUGGGCGUAGAUUCGUUUACCAAAUACGUAUUUGUGAAAGCAGUUAAGAAUACCCAGGCAGGUCCAGUCAUAAAGUUUCUCAAGGACAUUUUCGAAACGUUCGGAGUCCCAAGACGAAUUAUUUGUGAUCUGGGUACUGCGUUUACGAGCAAGGCAUUCAACCAACAUACCAAACAAUGUGGAAUCAAAGUGGUCCACAAUGCGACAGCUACACCGAGAGCAAACGGCCAAGUUGAACGAUAUAACAGGACUAUACUAUCAUCGUUAGCAGCAAGUUGCAAUGAUGAGUCAAAGUGGGACGAAGCUAUUGGUAGAAUUAAAUUUGGAAUAAACUCGUCGGUUCAGAAGGCGACAGGAAAGACUCCACAUGAACUCAUGUUUGGAUAUAAUCCCAAAAGUUCAGUCCAUUCUUUCCUGACCAACGAAGUACAAAUUUCUGAACCAAGUGAAAAGAUUGAAGAUAUCCGAAAGACCGCGGAAAGCAGCAUAAAAAAAUCACAAGAGAAGCAGAAAGAGAGAUACGACGCUAAACGCAGGAAAGCAACCAAAUAUUCAAUAGGACAACAAAUACUUGUUAAACAGAAAGUCAGAUCCAAUGAUGGUAAAAGCAGGAAACUUCUACCGAAGUAUAGCGGACCGUAUUUGAUUACCGCUGUAUUGGAUCACGACAGGUAUGCCAUAGAGGAUAUGCCGCAAGCGGAGAGAUCGCAACUGCCCUAUCGUGGUAUUUGUGCCGUGGAUAAAAUGAAGCCGUUCACGACGAGACGGGAUAGUAUGGAGACUUCUACUGAAGAAGAGCAAAGUGCUCCCACAGAGCAAAGUGCUCCCACAGAGCAAAGUGCUCCCACAGAGCAAAGUGCUCUUACAGAGCAAAGUGCUCCCACAGAGCAAAGUGCUCCCACAGAGCAAAGUGCUCCCACAGAGCAAAGUGCUCCCACAGAGCAAAGUGCUCCCACAGAGCAAAGUGCUCCCACAGAGCAAAGUGCUCCCACAGGGCAAAGUGCUUUCAUAGAGCAAGGAGUUCCCACCGAGCAAAGUGCUUCCAUAGGGCAAAGUGCUCUCACUGGGCAAAGUGCUCCUAGAGGACAAAGUACUCCUACGAAGAAGAAGCAAUAUGAAACUAAAAGUAUAGUUGAUAUCGAAGAGGAUCAGUCCAAAGUGGAAAGUAAUUCUCAGAAACGAACACAGAAGGGUCAACAAACGAUUGAUGGUCAAAGGGGUACCAUCAGGAAAAACAAAGACGGUGAUUACAGGGAAUACGAUCACCUGUCGUCAUACCGCAACCAUGGUGUUGCUCAACCAGAGGACAUUGAUCUGCGUAAUACGAUUACACGGAGACGAAGUUUACGUGCGCGUAAGCUCAAGCCGCAUGAAGGAUAAUGCUUCCUGGUGCCUUGCUGCACACGUGAAACGAUCACGUUAUCAGCUGGCGCUAGUUACAAUGAUGGGUCGAUAACUAAUCUGCACUUUUGUUCUAGGUAGGAAAGUUUGAUGGGAUGGCUCCUUAUGACAUAUACAUUCCUCGAGACGAGGAGUUGGUAGCUAUGGCCGACUGUGAGACACCUGGUAUGUCGGUAGAGGAUGUAUGAAUCGGACGACUGAUUCAUAUACUAUGACUUACGCAACGAAGAUCGGUGGUAAAUCGAGAUAUCGGACGGUUAGCGGACAGUACAUAUCGAGCGUUCAAAACCUUAACUAUUGUUAUUAGGAUUAUUAGAUUUGUUGUUGGUUAUCAAGGGAAUAAAACAUUUGUUUG